AUGUUGAAAGUGUCGCCUUGGAAAGGUGUUGUGAGAUUUGGAAAAGGGGGAAAGCCGAGCCCGCGUUAUAUAGGUCAUUUCGAAAUCGCAUCUCCAGUUGGAUCAGUCGCGUAUACGCUGAAGCUGCCACAGGAGUUGAGUGGAGUUCAUGACGUGUUUCAUGUCUCCAAUUUGAAAAAGUGUCUGUCGGAUGAGACACUGAUUAUACCCCCUGGAGAGGUUCAUGUGGACGAUAAACUGAGAUUUAUCGAAGAACCAGUUGAGGUUCUACAUUGGAAAAUUCAGAAUCUUAGGACGAAAAGGAUUAAGUUGGUCAAGGUUCGCUGGGAUUCUAAACGUGGACCCAAGUUCACCUGGGAACGACAGGACCAAAUGCAACGUAAAUAUCCUCAUCUCUUCCCACCUAGUGCGAAAACGAAACCUGUGACACCCGGCUAUUUAGGCUGUACCGUACAAAUGUAA